CGGAGGAAAGCGAUGCGUGGACACAUCUGACAGAGGCGUCGCUUUAUUUGUAGUUUCCCCCCUCACUUCCAUUCUUCUUCCAAGUUUUAACUAAACUACUGCUAAACUUUCAAACAAGACAGAUAUGUCUACCUCACGCACAAUAAUAUGUUUAUUGAGAAACGACUUGCGUCUUCACGAUAAUGAGGUUUUCCACUGGGCUCAGAGGAAUGCAGAAUACAUAGUCCCACUGUACUGCUUCGACCCCAGACAUUACUUGGGAUCUUACAACUACAACCUUCCAAAGACUGGGCCUUUCCGCCUGCGCUUCUUGCAGGAGAGUGUCAGGGAUCUCAGAAACACACUGCUCAAGAAGGGGAGCACCCUCUUGGUGAGACGGGGUAAGCCAGAGGACGUGGUUGCUGACCUCAUCAAGCAACUGGGCUCUGUCAGUGCCGUGGCCUUGCACGAAGAGGUAGCCUCGGAGGAGCGUGAUGUGGAGAAAGGAGUGAAGGAUAUUUGCGCACAGAUGAAAGUCAAAGUUCACACCUGCUGGGGCUCUACGCUUUACCACAGAGAUGAUCUUCCAUUUCCACACAUAGCCAGGCUUCCUGAUGUGUACACUCAGUUCAGGAAGGCAGUGGAGACCCAGAGCAGGGUGAGGCCUCUGAUCCCAGCCCCUGAGCAGCUGAGGCCCGUCCCCCCCGGGCUGGAGGAGGGAGCCAUCCCUACUGCAGAGGAUCUAGGACAGAAAGAGCCUCUGAGUGAUCCUCGCUCAGCCUUCCCCUGCAGUGGAGGGGAGAGCCAGGCUCUGGCCAGACUCAAGCACUACUUCUGGGACACUGAUGCUGUUGCCAAAUAUAAGGAGACUCGUAACGGCUUGAUUGGUGUUGACUAUUCCACUAAAUUUGCACCUUGGCUGGCGAUGGGCUGUAUUUCCCCCAGGUACAUCUACCAUCAGAUCAACCAGUAUGAGAGGGAGAGGACCGCCAAUCAGAGCACAUACUGGGUGAUUUUUGAACUUUUGUGGAGGGAUUACUUCAAGUUUGUGGGUGUCAAGUAUGGAAACAGAAUGUUUCAUAUAAAAGGACUUCAAGACAAAUCUGUUCCAUGGAAAAUGGACAUGAAGCUUUUCAGUGCAUGGAAAGAGGGACGCACAGGAGUGCCUUUUGUGGAUGCCAACAUGAGAGAGCUGGCCAUGACCGGCUUCAUGUCCAACAGGGGGCGACAAAAUGUUGCCAGCUUCCUCACUAAAGACUUGGGUCUGGAUUGGAGGAUGGGAGCUGAGUGGUUUGAGUACCUUCUAGUUGACCAUGAUGUCUGCAGUAACUAUGGCAACUGGCUGUACAGUGCUGGUAUAGGAAAUGACCCCAGAGAAAACAGGAAGUUCAACAUGAUCAAGCAAGGGCUUGACUACGACAGUAAUGGGGAUUAUGUAAGGCAGUGGGUCCCCGAGCUGCAGGGGAUCAGGGGAGCAGAUGUCCACACACCCUGGACCCUCAGCAGUGCUGCUCUGUCCCAUGCUCAGGUGUCACUCGGUGAGACCUACCCCACCCCCAUCGUCAUGGCACCUGAGUGGAGUAGGCACGUUAACAAGAAACCAAGUGGCGCAGGGCCAUCGGCAAGGGGAAAGAAAGGCCCAUCUCACACUCCUAAACAGCAUCGGGACAGAGGGAUUGACUUCUAUUUCUCUAAAAGCAAAAACUUGUGAUCUGCCUCACUGCAAACACUAAAACAUCUACAGAUGCCCAGAAGAUCUAUGCUACAGCAAUGCAAAAUUGUUAUUAUGUCGGUGUUACAUAGUGAUGGUGUGCUGUUCUUCCCAUCGGAGAAAGCUGUCUGAUGAAGCGUUUUGGGAAAUACAUGUUUGUUUGUCUGAAUACUUGAAUUUAACUGAUCUACUGAUAUGUCAUUGGUUCUCAAGAAAACACUUGCUGAUAAGGCGCCCUGUUUAUUCACUUGCUGUCAAGUUUCCUGUUAUGUUGCUUCCUGAGGAGGAAAGCAUUUAGUGGUUUGGCUCUGAUGCAGCUGUACCUUGAAACCGGACUUUAUCAGUUACAUGAUCUCUCUGCUACAUUUGUUCCAAAUAUGGUGAAAGUUGUUAUAGAUUGAUGUUAUUAUGCAUAGAAUUUUAUGCAUUUGUCUUAUGAUUUAUUUAUCCUGCAAAAAACUGUCUUUCUUGUAUUAUCACUUUUGAAGAGUUGCCCAUUUUCUAACGGUUAAAUAGACAAAAUGCAAUUGCAAAGAGUCAGAAGGUUUUGUGAUGCACAGAUGUUAGCAUGGCAACAUGUUAUUACAAAGGGGAAAUAAAAUAAAGUUU